UUUUUUUUUUUUUUUUUUUUGUUCUUUUUUCUUCCUAUCGCAACUUAUUGUAGCUUUUUUCUAUAUAUUUUUAUCAUCCCAUUUAUAAAUGUGUGUAACGUUUAAAAAUGAUUAUUCUAAGACAUAAUACCUUAUCAGCCGAAGAUCUUUUCCUUAUUGAACGGAUCAUGAGAAAAGUAGCAGAAGCACCGCAUGAACAGCAUUCAUUAGAGUAUUCACUAUUAAAUAAAAGCAGAGGAGAAGUAUAUGGAUUCAUUGCUGGCGUAUUUAAACGACUCGGUAUUUGUCAAGCGCUAGGUAUCACAAUAUCGGAUUUUUUGGAUUUCUUGAUCGACAUCGAAAAGGGUUAUAAUGAUAACCCGUAUCAUUCCUUCUAUCAUGCCGUAGAUGUAGCCAUGGUUCUUAAUCACAUGAUGGUGCAAUACGAUAUGUCCCAAUACAUUACCAAAAUAGAUUUGGCUCUCAUCAUGAUUGCUGCCUUGUGUCAUGAUAUCGGCCAUCCCGGUAAAAACAACCAGUUUGAAGUAGCAUGCAAAACCGAACGAGCUAAAAAGUAUCAUAACUUGUCUGUACUCGAGUGCCAUUCUUCGGCAUUAACCUUGGAACUCAUUGACAAGCACCAUUUAUUUCGCCAUAUUGAGUCUUCCAGUGAAAGUGCCGGUGUACCUCUGACAGAGGAAGAAGCCAAAGUCUUCACAAUAAAGAUGAUUUUAGCUACAGACAUGGUCUGUCACUUCACUCUAAAGGAUAAUAUCACUAUCUUGCACGAAAAAAUCGAUAACCUCAAGGAACAAAUGCAGGUGAGCGAAGCGUUUCAAAACACCGUCUCCAUCGCCAAACAAGAACGCACACUUUUACCGAUCUUUCCAGAGGAGAAGGGUCCGAAUCCUUUCAAUUAUUUCGCAGAGAAUUAUUUUCAUACAGAUAAAGUACCUUGCCUUGCACAUGGUGAAAAAGUGUUGUUGGGUGGAGAAGAAAGAUUAAUGAUGUGCAAAAUAUUGAUCCAUGCCGCAGAUAUCAGUAACCCGUGUCGACCAUGGCCUGUCUUUUAUCAACAAUCUAGUCUGGUCUGUGUUGAAUUCUUUCGUCAGGGAGAAGAAGAACUACGGCUAGGUUUACCAGUCUCACCCAACAUGAACCCAAGCGAAGCCAAUCCGUCGAGUAUUAAUGUGGGCUUUAUUGAUUUUAUUGUGCAACCUUACUUUGAAGCAUUGGCCAGUCUGUUUCCGAAAUCCAAGGAAUUGGUGGUGCAAUGUGGCCAAAAUAAAAAGGAAUGGCUUAAACUAUCCUCACAGCGCCUGGAUAUUCUCCGUAAUACAUUAAUGCCAAUCGAGGUGGCUUUAGGUCCCAUGUGUCCCAUACAUCAUGUUACAAAUGCAGCUGGCACCGUACAAAUUCCUGACAAGUUUGGAAAAGACAUUCGUAACAAACUUAGAAGGCAAUCACUCAAACCCACAACGACAGGUACAAACUGGCUGGUAGCUGUAGAUGAAAAGAAGAGACUAAAGUUACGAAGAAAAAGUGAGGAAAUUUCUUUAUUACAUCAUCGAAAUCCUCGCAGCAUUUCCUCCAUCACCAAAAGCCGUAGAAAAAGUGAUGAGACAAGUGUUUAUUUGAACCAUCCAAAGAUGGUAUCUCUCUCUGGUUAUGAAUAAUUUUUUUUUCGUUUUCGUUUUUCCUUCCUGUAUAUAGUUUUACUUCUUUUUUUUUCAAAUUGUACAUAAUGCAUUUUAUAUUAUAAACAGUGUUUUAUUCCCUA